UAUAUAAAGGAGUCAACCGUUAGAUAAAUAGCCACAUUCCGAUUUCAACCCCUUCUUUUCAUAGAGAACUUGACCAGUCAACGGUUUUCGACUUUAGGACGCAGGAUAUUUCCCUGAAUAUAUUCCGAAAUGAAAGGUUUCUUCCUUUUGGCGGUGCUCCUCCUGAGCGGAUAUAAGAUUCACUCAGCAUUUGGACAAAACUAUUAUUAUCCAGGAUAUAACAACGGCUACAACGGCUACAAUGGACCAGUUAACUGCGUCAAUAACAACUACGCCACCUUCCCAUACCCCAAUGACAACAACCGCUACUACUACUGUCUCAAUAAUCAGGCUUUGGUAGUUCAAUGUCCAGUGAACUCCUACUACAACCCCAACACAAGAUCCUGCUCAAAUAACUACAAUAACAAUAAUGGAUACUACUGUCCAUCUGGAGUGAAUACCAUGAUUCCAGCUCCAAAUGGUGAUUGCCAGAACUACAUCCUUUGCUUAAACGGCCAGGGAUCAUAUCAAACCUGCCCGAAUGGUUACUACUUCCAACCAAACCAAGGAACCUGCAGUACCCAGAUACCAUCUAACUGCAAUAAUGGCUGGUCGGGCAGUUGCUCACAACCAGGACUAUUGCAACCAGUUCAAAACAAUUGUCAAGUGUACAACUAUUGCAAUGGUUCCACUUGGUCAACAAUAAGCUGUCCAAAUGGAUAUUACUUCAGUCCCAGCAGGCUUACUUGCGGUCCAACUAGGCCAUCUGAAUGUGGAUCAAAUUACUACACCAACUACUACGACAACGACUACAAUAACAAUUACAACAACAACAAUUACAAUUGUCCAUCCAAUGGUAAUUCAAUCGUCUCCAACGGCAGCAAUUGUAAGCAAUAUACCGUCUGCAAUAAUGGUAUUGGAACCACCUAUACCUGCGGAUCAGGACUCUAUUUCAACAGUUCCACCAACUCAUGUACCACAACCGUUCCAUCGGGCUGCAAUGCCUUUUAUGUGAUUUUGACGGCGCUUCUUUUGAGUGGAUAUGAGAUCACUCGAACGACAGCUUUUACCAUUGGCGGAGUAUGCGAUAUAAACCGUGCCUUUGCAGCCAACCCCGCAAACAGUAGUCAGUUCUUCUACUGCCUCAACAAUAAAAUUCAACUAGGAUCCUGUUCAGGAGGAAAAAUCUUUGAUUUGGACACUGCCCAAUGUGUUGAUCCAGGCUACAUUGGACCGAACUGUCUUAGCAACGAGUCCCUAACUUUUCCAUAUCCCAAGAACAAUGCGCUCUACUACUACUGCCUCAACAGACAAGCUUUGGUAGUUCACUGUCCUGAUGGUUCUUAUUACAAUGAAUACACCGAAACUUGCAGCGAGGGUUCCCUCGGAGGCAUAGACGUUGCAGUACCAUCAUGUCCCCCUGGCAUCAACACUCUGCUUCCGGAUCCGAAUGGCGAUUGCCAGAAAUACGUACUAUGCAUAAAUGGUCAUGCUUCCUGGCAAACAUGCCCGAAUGGGUUCUACUUCCAACCAAACCAGCAGAUAUGCGAUACGAAGCUUCCAUCAGGUUGUGGAGCCAGUUGCCAGUUCAAAGGACAGCUGCAGUCCAUUCCAGAUAAUUGUCAGGCAUACAGAUACUGCGACGGGUCAACGUGGGUGACCAUAGACUGCCCUGCGGGAUAUUACUUCAGCCCUGAUCGGCUAACCUGUGGACCAAUAAGACCAAGUCAAUGUAGUUCCUAUGAUAAUGAUGACGAAAGUCCGUGUUCAGAUGAAAGUGAUGGAGUGAUUGCGGAUCCUAAAAAUUGCAGGAAUUAUAUUAUCUGUCUUAGUGGAGUUGGUAUAACAAUCUCAUGCGGGCCAGCUCUUUACUUCAAUAUAGAGGAAGGUGCAUGUUUGACGGAUAAACCUACACGUUGUACUUACUUUGGUUUUCAGUAUUUUUACGUGAGAGGUAGAGGUUUCCGAAAAGGAGAAGUCAAAAUGACGUUGGCAAUUCACUACCUUCUGGCCUUUUUUUUGCUGGGUGGAUAUCAGAUUAUACCGACUAAUGCCUUGAAAGUGGGGGAUAAAUGUGUCACGAAUGGAGCUCUUGCACCUAAUCCGGAAAAUGAGAGCCAAUUCUUUUACUGCAUGGAUAGGAUUAUUUAUUUGGGAAAUUGUAUAAAUGGCAGAAUUUUUGACGAACGUACUGGACAAUGUGUUAACCCGUCAGACAUUGGUGGCGCUGAAGAGAAGGUUGAGUGCUUUGGUCGAGACUACGAGACAAUCCCCGAUUCCGAAAAUGAUUCCAUCUACUACCUAUGUGCAAAUAAUAAAGCCACCCUUAUGAGAUGUGCAGUUGACACCUACUACAACACUAAUCGGGGAAGGUGCAUGUCAAGAGCUAGUAGCAUUUGUUCUGUAGAAAUCACCGCCGUGCUCCCUGACCCAAAUGGAAAUUGUCAAAAAUUUCUGGUUUGCUUGCAAGGGGAUGCCCUAAUGCAAACAUGCCCUGACGGAGGGUACUUUAACCCAGAAACAACGAUGUGUGAGCAAAGAAUUGUGGGAAGCUGCAGUGCGUUAACAGGAAAGUGUAGCGACACAGGAAGGACUCAACCCAUUCAAAAUGAUUGCUACGCUUUCAAUUACUGUGAUGGUCAUACCUGGCUAACUAUGACCUGCCCAAUAGGUUAUUACUAUAACCCAACCAGUUUAUACUGCGAACCUACUCUGCCCAAGGGGUGCAAGGCAAAUUGAAGUUUGAAUGUGUGAAACUAGAUCUGUGAAUAAAAAUUCGUAUUGUCAAUUA